AACUGUGUUUUUCUCGGAAGAAUAUCGCAAGCCAUUCGUUAGUCAACGUUUCUGAAACUUCACUGCAUUUAAAUAAAAAAAAAGAUUUUAGACACGAAUCAAGAAACUUGAUAUAAGGAUUGAUGCAUGAGCUUUAUUUAGAAGAAUGUUAGUCAGUUAUAGUAGCAGCUCUGAAGAGGAGACAGAACAUUUACGAUUAGGAGGGAAUGUAACAAAAAGGAAGCAAAGUUGGCACAAAGAUGACAACUCAUUGAGGAAGAAGCACAAAUCAGAAGAGCACACCCUCAAUGCAAGUGUAUCUGUGAAUAGGGAGGAAGAUGACUCCAAGUCGAGACUGCCUGUUCCUGGCAGUGUGCUGGACAUGUUCACGGAGGAAAAUGAGGACCCACUGACUGACGACAGCAUGCAACAUGGUGGACGAAUUCGCUCCUUCAAACACGAGAGGGGAAACUGGGCCACUUACGUGUACUUUCCAUACAUCCCAGAGGAAGGGUUCUUGGAGCUGCUUGAUGAGAUGACUGAAGUAGCAGCAUCCCAUAGCUUCUCCCUCACUCAUACAGAUGAGUUUCACCUCAGUUUAUCUAAGACAGUGGUUCUGAGGCAUCACUGGAUCCAGCCUUUCAUACAGUCCCUCAGAACAGGCUUGACACACAGCAGGAGGUUCAUUUGUUUGGCUGAGAAGCUGAAGGUCUACUCUAAUGAUGAGAGAACCAGGAUGUUCCUGGCUAUGGAAGUCUCCACAGGACAGGCUCAGCUACUAGAGCUUGUGAAAGCAGUGGACAGCACUAUGGAGGAGUUCAACCUUGACACUUUUUACAAGAAUCCUUCCUUCCAUAUAAGUCUGGCCUGGUGUGUUGGUGACUGCACUGAACACAUUCGCAAAAAGUGUCUGCAGGAGUUGCAGGGUCUGGUCGACUCCCAUGAGGAUGGACCCUUUCUCUUGAGGCUGGAUUGUCAAGAGCUGCGUUGUAAGGCUGGGAACAAGACCUUUUCCAUUCCACUACACUGACAAAACCAGUUGUCAUUCAGUCUGUAAUGUUGGAUACCUCAACAGUAAAAUGUGAAAAAAGUAUAUUUUUUAAAUGAGUGAAAGGUUAUUUGAUUCAAUCUAGAAAACGGCAGUGAUGCGAUAUUGAUCAAGCAACUUCCUUUUGAAGGUUGCGCACAUCUUCGUACGUGAGGCUUGUUUUGCUAAAACAUGUGUUCAAGCAUUUCUGCUACAGUUCCUGUAUGAUAAGACACUGAUCCUAGACCU